AGGCGCAGCAGGCUAGGGCGCAGCAGGGCAGCCGGUGCAGCGGGGCAGCAGGGACCAAGCGGCAGGCGAUGGGGACCCUGCGUCCCAGGCAGCUCCGGCCCCACCCCCCGCACCUGACAUGAGCCCUUGCGGGCCCCUCAACCUGAGCCUGGCGGGCGAGGCGACCACGUGUACAGCACCCGGGGCCUCCAACGCGUCCGCCGGACCGCUGUCGGACUUGGCGGGCGUGUCGCCCGCGCUGCCCAUCUUCUCCAUGACGCUGGGCGCCGUGUCCAACGUGUUGGCGCUGGCACUGCUGGCGCAGGCCGCGGGCCGUCUGCGGCGCCGCCGCUCGGCAGCCACCUUCCUGCUGUUCGUCGCCAGCCUGCUGGCCACCGACCUGGCGGGCCACGUGAUCCCGGGUGCGCUGGUGCUGCGCCUGUACGCGGCGGGGCGCUCGCCGGCCGGCGGCGCCUGCCACUUCCUGGGCGGAUGCAUGGUCUUUUUCGGCCUGUGCCCGCUGUUGCUGGGCUGCGGCAUGGCCGUGGAGCGCUGCGUGGGCGUCACGCGGCCGCUGCUGCACGCAGCCGGCGUCUCGGUGGCCCGCGCGCGGCUGGCUUUGGCCGCGCUGGCCGCCGUGGCCUUGGCCGUGGCGCUGCUGCCAUUGGCGCGCGUGGGCCGCUACGAGCUGCAGUACCCGGGUACGUGGUGCUUCAUCGGUCUGGGCCCGGCGGGAGGCUGGCGCCAGUCGUUGCUCGCCGGCCUUUUCGCCGGCCUCGGCUUGGCCUCGCUGCUCGCCGCGCUCGUGUGCAACACGCUCAGCGGCCUGGCCCUGCUGCGCGCCCGCUGGCGCCGCCGCUCUCGACGGCACUUCCCGGCUGGAGGUCCCGACAGCCGCCGUCACUGGGGAGGGAGCGGACCCCGCCCGGCCUCCGCCUCGUCCGCCUCGUCCGCCUCGUCCGUCGCUUCGGCCUCCGGCGCCCCCGGCGGCUCCCUGGGCCGUGGCUCAGCGCGGCGAGCCCGUGCCCACGACGUGGAGAUGGUGGGCCAGCUCGUAGGCAUCAUGGUGGUGUCGUGCAUCUGCUGGAGCCCCCUGCUGGUGUUGGUGGUGCUGGCCAUCGCGGGCUGGGGCUCCAGCUCCCUGCAGCGGCCACUGUUUUUGGCCGUGCGCCUCGCCUCAUGGAACCAGAUUCUGGACCCUUGGGUGUACAUCUUGCUGCGCCGGGCUGUGCUUCACCAACUGCUUCGCCUCCUGCCUUCAAGGGCAGGUGCCAAGGGCAGCCCCACGGGGCUGGGCCUAACGAGCGCUUGGGAGGCCAACUCGCUGCGCAGCUCCCGGCACAGUGGCCUCAGUCACUUCUAGGGGCGCCCGGCGGCUAAGCCAGACCACCCGGGGCCGGCCUCUGGUCCGCAGCUCGGAGACUUCGGGGACUAAAACCUUUUUUGCGGACAAGCCCCGGGCGGUGCGUCCCGUCGUGGCUGCAGCACCUUCGCGGCCGCGCGGGGGCCGCAGAGGUGCUGUGUACGCCUCCGGGGUGUGCAGUUCCGGGACUAGUCACGCGGGGGCGCAGAGACGCAGAGCCGGAGGAGCAUGCGCACAACGCCGUGGCCGCAGUCUUGGGGCGGGCGCUCGGCUGGGAGCAGAGUGGGAGGGUUGGGGGGCGCUUUUCGCCCCUGCCGCCGUCAUGAGUGACUCCCGCAACCAUUCGCUCAUUGUGGCCCUGAGCUCCCCCACACAACCCCAAGUCCCUACCCCCCAAACUACGCCCCAUCACUGGCCCCUACCCCCGGAAGUCCCUCAACACAGCUCUGAGCCCCCUCCCAUGGCAGCCUGCCCAUGCUCCCCGCCAUAAUAACAGCCCCGAGUCUCCACCAUCCCUUGGCCCCCUUCAAAUGAUCCCCCACCAUAAUCCAGGGCCUCUCCCCAUCACUCCCUACGCCGCCGGCCACGCAUCACAUCCCCUCCCAACUCUCCCCACCUCCAAGCACGCCCCCCACCCCCAUUACUGUGCACAAAAAGCGACGGAGGAUGCAUGGAUAGAGCAAAUCCCAAAGGCCUUUUUAAAAACUACUGACAGCUCGGUGGGGGCAGAAGUGGGGGAGGGGGCUAGCAGCCCCCGGCCACAAAGUCGAAGUCCCGGAAGGCCGCCUGCUCUGUGGCCGUGAGGGGCCGAGCGUCGCGGGGUGGGCUCAGCGUGGGGGCCUCCCCUGUGAAUUCCUCGUCGAAGUUGCUGACAUCAGUGCGGCCGGCCAGCGUGGGUACGAAAGGCGGCGGCAGGCGCCGGGCCAGCAGGGCAUCCCAGCCCAAUGUCUGCAGGGCAGAGAGGGGAGAGGUCAGCAGGGGAGGCUCAGGGCAGAGCGCAGGAGGGGUUUGCUCCUUGCACCCUGUCUGGCCUUGGAUCUGUGGGGAUCAACAUAGGGAGUCACAAAAUAGAGGGGGGUAAAGUGUCGGGCCUGGGGGCUCAGGAAGGAUCACCAUAUGAGUGGGGGGAGGGGCCUGGGCUCAUACACAGGGCAGUGCUCCCCCCCCAGGCCAGCCUGGAGUGGAUGUGGGUGUAGGAGGGCCAGUGAGGGUGAGGAAGGGGGAAGGAAAAGCAGGCAGGUGUCAAGGGGAGGUGACAGUGUUGGAGGUGAAGCCACUAGGUCUUGGGUGGGGGGGAUGACUGGCUCCUGGGAGUGGGGGACUUCACCCUGAAGAAAGGCUGUUUUUUCACAUCCUCUGCAUCCCUCUCGCUGGAUCCCAGCCUCCGCUCUGGAUUCCUCCGCAGCAGCUGGGGGGAGGGAGUUCUGUGUCAAUGUUCCCCUUCCUCGUCCCAGAGCCACUCCCCUGGCCCACCCUAACCUGGAGGGGUCCUCACCCUGCGCAUGAUGCCGAUGGCUUCAGCUGACAGGAAGCGGGGGUAGCGAACCUCAUCGUUGACGAUGCUGUCAAAUACCUCCUCCUCGUCAUCCCCUGGGAAUGGGGACUGGGGACAGGAAGAGCCAGGGUGAAUUAGGCCCCUCUGGCCACACCACACCCAGCUCCACCCUGGGCUCCCGUUGCACUUUUACAAGCCUCACUUGGGAGGGUAAGUACCCCAAUUUACAGAUGCAGAAACCGAGGCUAGGGAGGCAAAGCCACCUGUCCUCAAUCAGACAGCACAUAGUGGAGGCCAGUUCUGACCCCGCUCUCCCCCACCGGGCAUAUACAGGUUACCAGGGACAGGCAGGGCGGAGCGGCCUGGGGCCUCACCUCACCAACCAGCAUCUCAUACAGCAGCACGCCCAGCCCCCACCAGUCCACCGCCCGAGUGUACGAUGUGUCUGUCAGCACCUCAGGUGCCAGGAACUCCGGGGUCCCGCAGAAAGUGCUGGUCCGGUCCCCAUAGCCCAUCCCUGGGGGCAGCAGGGCCAUGUGAGGUUAUGGGGGAGGUCACAGCUCUAGCCCAGCCCAGCAUGGGGUGGUCCAGACAGCCAGCCCUGUCCCAGGACCAGGGUAGGGGAUAACCCAGGUAGGGCUGGGGACUCCAUUCCCUCCCCUCUCUGUCUAAACCCCAGAAGCCAGCCCCUCAGAUCCCAGUCCCGCCCCUCAUCACCCUCCUUGCAGAGGCCAAAGUCUGCAAUCUUGACAUAGCCCUCGGUGUCCAGGAGCAAAUUGUCCAACUUCAGGUCCCUGUGGCGGGGGGGAGGGAUGGGAGGAUGUAAAGAGGGAUGAGUGGGGAUCUGGGUCCUGCCUGAAGCCUCAGGGCCCCCCAGUGAGCACAGCAUGCAUGCACGGGUAUAUGCGCACGCGGGCACGUGCGCACACGCACGCGUGCACACACGCACGCGCACACACACGCACACACGCACACACACAUACCUGUAGACAAUCUUGUGUUCAUGGAGAAACUGCAGCCCCAGCACCACACAGGCCGAAUAAAAGCUGCAGAGAGAGGCUGGUGUGAGGGAGCUGGGCUUCCAGGAAAGGUAGAGGGUCACAUAAGGCUCCCACAUCCUCAAAAGCCCCCCAUUACCCCAUAACUCCAGGAGCUGGGGGGAGGCAGGGCCUGUGGGUGGAGGUGUGGGGAGGGGGCCUAGGCUCACACAGCACGGGGCUCUGAGAACACAUCACUGUGGAUGUGCAGCAUCAGGUCCCCGCCGGCCGAGUACUCCAUCACGAAGCACACAUGCUCUGGUGUCUGGAAACAGCCAAACAGGUUCACCAGAAAGGGGUGUCCCGCGCUGGUCACGGCCGCCAAGAUCCGUUUCUCACACAUCAGGCUGGGCAGGAUGGGGGUGGGGCAGGGGUCAGAGACCACAGCAGCUCCCUACCACCAACUCGCCCACUCCCUAGAGUCCUCAAUCAUCAGAUGUUUGUCAAGGGCCUUGCAUGGCUGUGCACACUUGGGCAAGUUGCUUAAUGCUUCUGAACGUGCUAACCAGGCACCCAGAAUCCAUCCAUUGUCCUAGUAACCGUCCUAGUAACUUCCCUUUGGGAAACCACCAGGGGGACCGUUACUUCCCUUUGGAGCACCCUAUCUCCCUGGCCAGGAAUUGGCUCACAAAAGGGCAAGCCAAGCCAAUGGGGCUCAAUCUCAGGAUUUCUGCUGGAAUUAUUAAGGAAGAAGAGCUAAAGUUUGCAGAUGAGCCUUAAACUGCUAGGGUGGGGGGCAUCUCUGUCCCUGCGAGGGGACUGCAAGCAAAGCCCACACAGACAAAAGCAGAAGUGAGAGAUAUCAGCUGAGCACCUGCGUACAGCCAUGCCUGAAGGUAGUCCACCCCUGGACUUUUCUGAUGCAGAGCAAUAAAUUCCUGUAUUUGCUUAAGCCUAAA